UCCUUCUUUCGUUCCCAGAUUGAGCCAAUCACAGCCAACUCAGUGGCUGAUUGACGUUUCGUGCAGCCAAUGAGCUGGUCGAAAGAACGAUCUGCAGCGUCUUGCUCGGAAGACUUUGGAUACCUGCGACUGCACUGGAGGUAGACGCGGACCUCCGUGCAUGAUUUACGCAUCCUGCCGAAAAACACUGGACUCUGAUCGGGAUUAAACUUUCAAGCAAGAAACAUGGAAGAAACGUAAGAAAAGACAAUGACUUCGAAAGAGGCAGUUGCGGAAAGCACCAGGAACCGCGACAGCGACGCGUCCUUCGAUGAGCUGCAGCCAGACGAGGAAAGCAGCGGUUUGUCCGAGACAGAGUCCAUGUCCGAGGACACGUUUCUACAGGAGGACUCCGCAGUUGAAAUGCAACCUUCUGACUGUUGGGCGCCGCUUUCAGGUUCAAGUAGCUUGUCUGAAGACGAACCCCCGCCCGUGAAAAAAACACCAACGAGAACGAAAAGAAUACGACGGGUGACAUCAAGAUGGCGAGACAGAGGACGGGGGAGGACCAGCAGUCCGGCCGGGACGUCGGCCAACACAGAGGAGAGGUGGAACGACGUGACGACGCCCGACAUCACACCUCCACAGCCGACAUUCAGACCCGUCCACCCGCCUGGAACCAAGCUCAUCUCGACCGGCUCCUACACGGCCCUGCAUCUUUUCCAACUGUUCAUGACAAAUUCAGUUUUACAGACAAUCGUGCGAAACACCAAUGAGUAUGGCUCGAAAUGCCUUUCAUCACCCAGCACCCCGUGGACCGACCUAAAUGUCCAAGACCUGUAUUGCUUCAUUGCGAUAAUCAUCUACAUGGGCUUGGUAAAAUGUAACAAGCAGACAGAUUACUGGAGAGGGGGAAAAUUGUACAGUUUAUCUUUCCCCAAAAAAGUGAUGCCCGGCAAGAAGUUCCUCAGGAUCUGCCGCUCGCUGCACCUCAGCAACUCAGUGGACGAUGCUGCCAAUAAUGAGAAGAAAGGAACUGCUACCUACGACCGCUUGGGUAAAAUCAAACCGUUGUAUGACCACAUGAGACAGGUUUGUAGGCAAAACUAUCACCCCAAGCAAAACAUUUCUGUGGAUGAGAGGAUGGUGGCCUCCAAAGCAAGGACGGGUCUGAAGCAGUACGUGAAGAGAAAGCCGGUCCGCUGGGGCUACAAGCUUUUCGUGUUGGCCGACUCUGAAAGUGGCUACACGUGGAACUUUCUUGUUUAUGAAGGCAAGCUCCAUAAAACGACGGGAAAGGGGCUGAGCUACGAGGCCGUCAUGGAGCUCGUGGACACUCGGCUGUUGGGCACUGGUUAUAAAUUGUUUGUGGACAACUUUUAUACCAGCCCCACCCUUUUCAGAGACCUCCUGCAAAAAGAAAUCUGGGCGUGUGGAACCAUGUCGAAUCCGUGCAGAGCCAGGAUCGGCUGUCCGCAGACUCAGGAAAACUCCCUGCCCUCUCGAGCACCACGCGGGAGCAUAAGAUGGAUCAGGAAGGACUCCCUUUUAUUUGUCCAGUGGAAAGACACGAGGGACGUGUGGAUGUGUUCGUCUUUCCACACUGCCCACGGCACAGACACAGUCCAGCGCAGAGUCAAGGGUGCAGAUGGGCAAUGGGAGAAGAAAGAUAUUCCAAUUCCACCUGCUGUCAAGGACUACAACUGCUGCAUGGGAGGAGUGGACCUUUCUGAUGCCCUCAUUGGAUACUACAAAGUUCUGCAAAAAACCUGGAAGUGGUACAAGACGUUCUUUUAUCAUUUCUUGGACAUUUCAAUCGUGAAUGCCUUUAUCCUACAUAAAGAGCACUGCAAGACCAAAGGAGAGGUUCCUCUGAACCAAAAGGCUUUCAGGGAGACCCUUACUCUGGAGCUGGUGGAGUUGGGAUCCCCUAGUGCAGUGGCAGAACCACCUGACAGAAAGCAUCACAGACUUGUUUUCAUCAGGGCCAGCUCCACAGCUGGCAGACAGCGCUGCAAAAAAUGCGGCACCAAAACACCUGUGAAAUGCUCCGCAUGUGAGAUGGCAUUUUGCUUCCAGCCUACAAGAGACUGCUUCAACGAGUGGCACGUGGAACAUAACUUGUAGAGGCAUGAGUCAGGAGUCAGCCUCACCUAGUGGAGGCGAGGUGCAUUUGCAGUUUAAAAGUUUGAAAACACAGCAAAAGACAUGUGCACGGACAGGGGUUCCGAGAUAUUUCCCCCACUAAGAGGACAAUGUCAGAUGUUUUUACAUAUGUUGGACAUUUUAAAAAUGCUGAGGGGAAACUAAUUGUAGAUGGUAAACCUGUCUGCAGAAAAUGCAGUAAAAAAGUCACUGCAAUUGUGGUUUAGCACAUCUAAUUCGACGAGCCAUCUCUUUGAACACCACCCACAACUAUACAGUGAGUGCUGUUUAAUAUGGUAGUGUGUGCAUAGUUGAGUACACCCAACAGUCAAAGUGUCCUUUAGAUCUACAAUUUGCACAAAGUGCAGUUACCUCUUGUGGCCAUAAGGGGCCAUCUUUAAUGUACAUUUAUUUUUUUAUUUACUUCCAGUAUUAUAUUAAAGUUUUAUAUUGUUUAAGAGUAGUGUUGCUUUUAAAUGCAAAUUUGUAUAUUUGAUAUUGUACUUGUUUUUUUUAUUUGUUUUUUCAAAAUAAAAUUUGGUUAAAUGAU